AUGUAUGCGUGGGCAUGCAAUAAUGAUAUCUUGCCUUCAGCUCUUACUCUGGAAGAGAUUGACCAGGUCUUCUCUGUCUCAACUCGCAAGCAUACAUCGUACCAGAUCAAGAAUGAUUCGUGGCAUUUCCGUGUCUGGACCCUUCGUCAGAGGCUGGAGCCUCUGCCAGAGUUCUACCAAGGCGUCGAGCGUCUUGCGGAAGUAGGCGAUAUGGCGUCCAAGGCAGAAAAGGAAGGAGAAAGAGUGCAUAUGUAA